ACCAACUCCAAGCAGAAGAAAAAAGAAAAACAAUGAAAAUCCUCCAAACGCUUUUUCAAAAAACACACACCGAGAAACCAACCGCCUCCUUGUCCCCUGCCUCCUCCCUUCUUCAAUCUGCUUCUCUCUAUAUAUAAAAAACAUACCUUUACUUACUCAGAUACUUUGCUUUUUUAAUAAUCAGAAUAGAUAUUAAAAGAAACAACGAAAUAUGGACUCGCCGACCUCGGCAGGGGAUUCAUCGACGGCACGGAUCGUGGCUCGUUCCUCGAUGAUGGAAUCAAUAAGAGCUUGCGGCUUGUCGGGUUUAGCCGGUGUUAGGAUCGAUAAGGAAGACCUCAGACGACGGCUUUUGAUGCCAGAGUAUCUACGCCUUGCGAUGUUAGAUUCCAUUAGGAAAAAAGAAGUCGACGGCGGGGACCAGCAUUUCCGUCUACAUGGCUCCGACGAUGUUCCCUGUCCUGAAUCCCCUAUGGUCGUUUUCAUUAACCCCCGUAGCGGCGGCCGUUAUGGCCCCGUCCUUAAAGAGCGUCUCCAGCAACUAAUCAGCGAAGAACAGGUGUUUGACCUCCACGAUGUGAAACCGCAUGAAUUUGUACGGUAUGGACUUGCUUGCCUUGAGAAGUGGGCUAACAACGGUGACCUUUGUGCCAAAGAGACACGUCAGAACAUCAGAGUUGUGGUUGCUGGAGGUGACGGUACAGUGGGUUGGGUACUUGGUUGUCUUGGAGAACUUCAUCAAAAAGGCCGGGAGCCAGUUCCUCCUGUAUCUGUCAUUCCUCUUGGUACAGGCAAUGACUUGUCUAGAAGUUUCGGUUGGGUAAGAUACGCCUUUAAAUCUUAUAUUUUCAUGUUGUCUACUGUUUUCGUCUCUUGCUUUGUUGAUUCAUGCUCUAAAUGUUCACUGCAGGGAGGUUCAUUUCCUUUUGCCUGGAAAUCGGCUAUAAAAAGAACUUUGCACAGAGCUACUACGGGUCCAAUUUUCCGUCUAGAUAGUUGGCAUGUUGUGUUGCAAAUGCCCGGUGGAGAAGUAGUUGAUCCUCCCCAUUCUUUGAAGGCCACAGAAGAGUGUUCUCUUGAUCAGACUUUGGAGAUUGAUGGGGAUGUUCCUGACAAAGUGAACUACUAUGAAGGAGUAUUCUAUAAUUACUUUAGCAUUGGAAUGGAUGCACAAGUUGCUUAUGGAUUCCAUCAUUUACGUAAUGAAAAACCUUACCUUGCACAAGGUCCUAUUACAAAUAAGAUUAUCUACUCUGGUUACAGCUGCACUCAGGGUUGGUUUCUCACACCUUGCAUGAGUGAUCCAAGUUUAAGGGGACUCAAGAACAUUUUAAGGAUGCAUGUUAGAAGGGUCAAUUGCUCAGAAUGGGAGCAGAUUCCAAUCCCUAAAAGUGUGAGGGCCAUUGUUGCUUUAAAUCUUCACAAUUAUGGAAGUGGGCGAAAUCCAUGGGGUAAUCUAAAGCCAGAAUAUUUGGAAAGGAGAGGCUUUGUUGAGGCCCAUGCCGAUGAUGGUCUGCUAGAAAUUUUUGGCUUAAAGCAAGGAUGGCAUGCAUCAUUUGUAAUGGUUGAACUCAUCUCGGCAAAACACAUUGCGCAGGCUGCAUCAAUUAGGCUGGAGCUAAGGGGUGGGGAGUGGGAAGACGCAUUUAUGCAGAUGGAUGGGGAGCCAUGGAAACAGCCGAUGAACAAGGAGUAUUCAACAUUUGUGGAAAUUAAGAGGGUGCCUUUCCAGUCACUAAUGAUUAGCGGAGAGUGAGUUUGGCAUCAAUGUAAAGAGUGUGCUUGUAAAUUAUAUUUGUUUUCCCCUGUGGGCACUGACAAACGAAGAGCAAAAUACCUAGGAAUAGGUAGUCUGUUGUAUCCAAUUCAUUAGCCAGCCAGUUCCAUAUUUAUCUUUUCAA